AGACUCAAUUUUUCGAGUCUGGUAGUGUAGUUAAAAUUUAAUAUCAAUUUAGGUACAUUUUUGUGUAAAGAUGUCAUUUCCACCAGGAGUACCACUCCAAAUUCCACGUUCAGUGUAUACAACAAGCACGGUUCCCUCUGGUGCAAUGAUGGUGCAAAUGGCUCCAGUACCUGUUUCUCAAGUAAUGGUGAGGCCGGUAAUGCAGCCCAUAAUUACUGCACAGCCAAUGAUGGUUGCAAGACCUACUCAGUUGGUACAGACUAAUCAGCAAAUUUGGAUUAAGUCGCCCACUAUUCAAGCACCGCCUGUACUUCAAACACCAGUGGAUUCAUCUACAAAUGAAGACAAAUCUGCAGAUGCUACAUCUGCUGAAAAUGGAAGUGAUACGGACCCUUCAAUAACUGUUUUUGUUGGAAACAUUUCUGACAGAGCAUCCGAUGCAUUAAUAAGACAGAUACUCAUGAAAUGUGGUUCUGUUUACACAUGGAAGCGGGUGCAGGGGGCAUCAGGCAAGCUGCAAGCUUUUGGGUUUUGCGAAUAUCGUGACCCAGAAUCAGCCCUAAGAGCGAUUUGUAUUUUACAUGACUUUCAACUUGGUGAUAAAAAGUUGCUUGUAAAGGUUGAUGCUAAAACACAGGAAUUGAUUGAUGAGUGGAAAAAGCUGAAAGGGAUUGAAGAUAAAAAUGAAGACGGUUCGCUUGUUGAGCCAACUGGUGUAGCUGAUGCUCGUUCAGCCAUCGAAGUUCUACUUAUUGAAUAUGCAGGUGAACUGAACACUGCCAAACCAGAUUUAGUCCUGGAAAAGCCGGAAGCAUUACAACAGCACAAGCGAGAGUAUCCAACUGUAAGAGAAUCUCAAAAUGUUGAAGAGAAUCUUAAAGAACUUGAACUGGAAGAAGAACAGAAAAACUUUAUAAGUAAAGAAAUCAGAUCAUUCCGAGAGACACAGAAAAUUCAGGAAGAAAGGCACCAAAAGGAUAGAGUGCACAAAGAUAAAGAUUCUGACAAACGCCAUAAAGACAGAGAUCAUGACAGAGAACCUCGUGAUCGCCAUCGCGAGAGAAGCCAGCGCAACGAAAGUCCUUCAAGAAGACAGAUUCAUCGUACCAGAAGUCGCUCCCCAAGAAGACGGGAGAUUUCCCGACAAUCUUCCCCACCUCGUCGACGAAGAACAAGAUCUCCAAUCCCAAGAAGAUCUCCACCAAGAAGAACGCCACGAAAAUCCAGAAGUCCCCCUCCUCGCCGACGGAGUCCCGGGAGUCCUAUCACUCGCCGGAGAGUUGAUGAUAAUGAUGAAGAUUCAGAACUACAUGAGCAGAGACGUCUGGAAAGAAAAAUUCGAGAAAAAGAGGCAGCUUAUCAAGCUAGACUAAAUGCAUUUGAAGGUCGGGAAAGAAGAAGAAACAGAGAUCUUGAAAAACGCGAUGAAAAAGAGAUUCAACAGAGAAAAGAACUAAUUCGUGAAGCAAAGCGGCUUCGUGAGUUUUUAGCAGACUAUGAUGAUGAUCGCAGUGAUAGCAAAUAUUACAUGGGAAGUGCUUUGACCAAACGACAGCGAGAAUAUGAGCGAGAACAGGAUGCUGAUGAACGGGACCGAAAAAAAGAGCAGGAUGAAAUUGAUGCUUUACGUAAACGUCUCAUUGAAGAACACCACCCUGAACCUGAUACCGCAAUCGCCAAAGUUAUAAAAGAAACUGAAAAUAUUUGGGAACCAUUGCUUCAACCUGAUACCCCACCUUCUAAAUCAUUUGAAGAAAUUCCAGUGGACAAUGCUCAGUCUUCUUCUGCUUCCUCAUCUGAUGACGAAGAUUCAAAUUCAAAUGAGUCCGACAAGAGUGAUUCUGACUCCAGUGACAGCGAAUCCGAACAGAAACCCAAAAAGAAAGGUAAAGAAGCAGCUCCAGAAAAGCGAAUGUUUGCUUCAAUGAAUGAAGUAAAAACUGAAGCAGUUUCCAAACCCACCCUAAUUCCAAUUGCUAAGUCUCCGAUAUUUGCUGAUGUGAAAGAGAGUUCGGACCCAGCCCAAAAAAUGGAGUUUUCAUCCGUACCAUCUCCAGCAGCUGCCCCGCUUAGCAUGCCCCAGGUUACGAUUAAUCCUGCUCCUAAGGUAGACGAAGCUGCACGCAAGUUGUCUCCCAACCCACAAAUACUUACGACUGCAACUAACAAGCGGAAGAAGCUUACUGUUUCUGAUGUUUUCAACCAAGAUGAAGAAGAAGAUGAACUCCCACGAAAGAGGAAGCUUGUUCCCUUACAAUACACCGAUGAGGAACGUAAAGCCGUCAACAGUGCAAAGCAGGUCGAAGAAGAAAAGAAACAAGAUGAGCAGAAACGCAAGAUGAUAAGAGCUCUGAUUGAGCGCAUUCCAACAAAGAAAGAUGAUUUAUUUGAUUACACAUUGGACUGGUCCAUGGUGGACUCUACCUUGAUGGAAAAGAGGAUACAGCCAUGGAUUACGAAAAAGAUUAUGGAAUACAUUGGGGAGGAAGAACCCACCCUUGUUGAAUUCAUCUGCAGUAAAAUCAUGACCAAAAGUAACCCCGAUAAAAUUUUAGAGGACAUUUCUAUGGUAUUGGACGACGAAGCCGAAGUAUUUGUCGUGAAAAUGUGGAGACUUCUUAUAUACGAAACUGAAGCAAAAAAGGAAGGCCUAACAAAAUAACAUCUUUCGGGCAAAAGGCAUUUUAGGUUACCCUUAUUUUUAAUUAUUAAGGAGGCAAUUAGCCAAAGAUAUGCUGUUGCUCAUGAUACAUGUUUAGGUAAUUGUGCAUUUAAUGAAAACAAAUUUGCAUACUACUGUUUUGUUUGCUAUCUCUAAUUUUUAAGUAAGGUAGUAACGAUGUCAAAAUUUAAAUAAUUCUUUAAACUGUCAUACACAUCUGCAGUCAAUGCCCGCACGAAAGCAAAGUCUUUAAAGUUUUCAAUCAUUUUGGUUUAAAUUAGCGUUGUAUUUGUAAUUGACUUACUGUUAUACCUAUUGUCAUUUUUCAUACAGGUUAACCCUUUAAGUUGCGUGACCACUUAUGUUUAUCCCUGCUUUGCUUAUUGUAAAACUGUUUUGUACUUAUAGCUGCAGCAAGGAACAUUCUGGGGUCUGCAUGGACCUUUUACAUGCUUUUUUUUAAUAUACUCAUGAGUCAUGUCGCUGAUUUCAAAACUUUAAAUCCACCACAGAAACCACACAAAUUAAUGAUGAAAACAUAUAUCAUGUCCAAAUUAUGAAGUUUAUUUUAAAAGUUCCAAUGAUCAAUUUAUUGAACUCAUUUCAAUGUUAGUAACUGUCAAGUUUUGUUGCAACACAUAAUGUGAAAUAUUUUAUAUGAUUUACAAAUUGGUUUUUGGUGACGUUACACAACGUUUUGUAUGUGUUAUUACUCCUUGCUGCCUCUGGGAUAUUGGUAAAGCUAUCUGACAGUACCUUGUGUUGUAAAUACUAAUUUGAUUCCUUUUUUCUUAUGUAG